GUCGCCUGUUGCUGUUACUCUUUUAUUGUUUGCUUAGCGCGUUUUUUUACGUUAUGCGGAAUCCGGCGGUCAUGCGAAGGGCUGUGCAAUUUUUUUUGAACUAAUUAAUGAUUAAAUGAAAAUGAUAUACAUAGUUUGUGCGUUCAACUAAAAAAUGUUGUUAAUUGUGGCAAAAGGCGGCACAUUGGCAGAAGAAUAUGAAAAAACAUUGCCAGCAACAUCAAUAAUAACGACCACGACAGCAAUAAGAAGAGCAAAAGAAGUGCGUGCAGCGGGAACGACGAGUGCCAAAAAUAAGAAGACGAGCUAAAAAUUAACGAAUUCUGCUUUUGUAUAGUUUUCGCUUAUCUUGUACAUACAAAAGGUGGAAGUAAAUAAAUCAAAUAAAGAUCAGAAAAAGGGCAAGCGGCGUGGCAGCCAAACCGGCAACUGAGCGCAAAAUGUACACAUGACAGCAUCGAAGGUUCUUUAUACAGCAUCCUAUGGUAUCAAUCGAUGUCAAGUUCAAGUGCAGUUCGUUAGUUGCCCUACCAGUUAGUUGCCGCUCUGCUGCUUGCCUUUGUUUGAACAUGCGUAGACCGUCCGCCUUGAGUCGUAAUCAUUACUUCGUCAUUGGCCUGCUAUUGGGUCUAGUGCUCAGCUGCUACAUACCGCAGGACAUUUGGGAACUAGUCCAGCAAGAGGAGUGUCCACAGGAGGCGGCCGAGAAUCUGCUGAUCGAACGGUUUGGCCAGGACGUUGAGCCGCAUUUGAAUUUAAUUAACAAGCCGUUGGCUGCCAAAAAGCCGGUAAAAAAUGUCAUACGACCACGUUACUACUCUGCGGAGCUGGGCAUUCGCGAGAAGAUCUUUAUCGGCGUGAUGACUUCACAAGAGCACAUCAAUAGUUAUGCCACCGCCUUCAACCGCACUACUGCUCACCUGGUGAACAAAAUCAAGUUCUUUAUAAACGCGGAUAGUGUGAAGACAAAUUACAAAUUAAAGAACAUUGUCGGGUUUACGGACACGCGGGAAAGUCGGCGACCAUUCCACAUUAUUAAGUACAUUGCGGACAACUACCUGGACGACUAUGAUUACUUUCUCCUUGUGCCCGACAACGUGUAUGUGGAUGCGCGCAAGCUGAACACCCUUCUGUACCACAUGAGCAUUACAUUUGAUUUGUACAUGGGCACACGGACUAGUAGCAGCAGCGACGAUGCAGGGGCACCACAGAUGGCGCCACUCAAUGCCGACAGUAGAAAUAGUGGCCAAAACGGGGAAGCUGCGGAUUGGGACGCAUCGGGUCCGCUCAGUGACCGCAAUUACUGCGCACUGGAGGCGGGCAUAUUGCUGAGCAGCGGCGUAAUACGAAAGAUGCGCAACAACUUGGAUUGGUGUGUUCGCAUCGGCAUCACCGGCGAGCAUAGCGUGAAUAUUGGGCGAUGUGUGAAGUAUGCUAGCCAUGUGGUCGGCUGCCAGGACAGUUUCCAGGGCAUUAAACAGUACAGCUACUCCCUGAACAGACACGCACGCAACAACAAGGACUUUAGCGUGCUAGCCAAGGAGCAAGCGUUCCAGAAUGCCACUACCGUUUAUCCCGUGGCAGUACCUGAAGAUUUCUAUCGGCUGCACGCCUAUUUCUCCAAGCAUCAUCUGGAAAUGGUGCAACAGCGCGGCUACGCCCUCGAGCAUAAAUCAUACCGCAUCGCCAAUGGCAGCAUAUCUAACAACAUUCUCGAAAUACGGUGGCCACUUGGUGUGCCGCCGGCCAGUGCGCCCGAGACGCGCCACGACAUACUCACAUGGCAGCUGAUCAACGGCACGCACAGCUUCCUGCCGAACGCAGAGCAUGUGGUGGCGCCGCUUAGUCGCAUCGACGCGCUUGAUUUCGAAAAGGUCCUGGAGAUCGCGCUCCAGUAUGCAGCACAGAAACACCCCAAGUUGCAAUACCACAGCCUUCAUACAGCAUACCGGAAGUUUGACUCAACGCGGGGUAUGGACUAUCAGUUGCAUUUGAACUUUCACGGCCCGGCCCAAAAUCGUCUGCUGCUAAAAAGCUUCGAGGUGAUCAAGCCGCUGGGCCGCGUGGAGGUUGUGCCAUCCCCCUAUGUCACCGAGAGUACGCGCAUAGCCAUACUGGUACCUACCUUCGAGCACCAGGUGCUCGAUUCGAUCGAGUUCGUGGAACAGUAUGAGCGCACUUGCAUGCACAACCAGGACAACACCUUUCUUCUACUGAUCUUUCUAUAUCGCCUAAACUCGCCCAGCAAGGGUGAAGAAGAUCCAUUCAAGUCAUUGAAAACGCUUGCCUUGGACCUCUCCUCCAAGUACAAAACGGAUGGCUCGCGCAUCGCUUGGGUCUCGGUGCGUCUGCCCGAACAACUAAGCGCUGAUGUGGACGUUGAUAAGCUGGUGCUGCACAAUUCUAUGUAUGCGUCUCAGCAGCUGCUCAGUCUGGCCGUGACAGAUCUGGCACUGCCCAAGAUCGGUCUGGAGUCGCUCGUGCUUAUAGGUACCCCUGGCAUGAGCUUCAAGACGGAUUUCCUCAACCGAGUGCGCAUGAACACAAUUCAAGGCUUUCAAGUGUAUGCACCCAUUGGCUUCCAAAUGUAUCCCUGCCGCUGGGCACACUUCUGCAAAGAGUGCGAAACAUGCGACGUAAGCCAGAGUACCGGUUACUUUGAUCGCCGCAACCAUGACGUCAUUGCGUUCUACAGCCGCGAUUAUGUGCAGGCGCGCAAACUGUUGGACCCCCAGGGGCUGCCCAUUGUUCGAAGCGAUCUUGACAUUGAGCUGCUCCUGACGGCACCUCAACGGCCGAGUGGUGUCAAGAGCAUUCUGGACAUGUUUGUGGCUGCUCAGCAUAAUGUGCAUAUUCUGCGCGGCGCGGAGCCAAACCUGCGUUUUGGGUUGGCCGUGCGAAACUAUAUUGAGCGUGCUGGUGAUCUUCAAGAGCUGCAGCCGCCGGAGGAAUGUGAAGACCAAUGCAUCCACCUGGCCUCCCGCAAGCAGAUCGGCGAUGCUAUCAUACGCUACGAAGACAGGACCAUUGUGCACAAGUAGCGGACUUAUGGUCGUUAUCGUCUGUUUUGAAUCAGUUCCUUUUAAACUCACAAACAUACGCAUACGUUUCCCUAUGGGGAGCACGUAUAUAUGUUUGUAUCUGUGUGAGAGCGAGUGUGUGUGUAAGUGUGAAAGGGGACCCACUCGUACCAUGGGUCUUGUUUCUUGUUAUUGUAGAUCACUUUAAAGUGAAACUUUUAAUGCUCAAUUGUCUCUUGGUGCCUGUGUGUGUGUUUAAUAAUUUAAUCAUAAUACAUACUAUAUACUAUACAUAGCUGCCAAAUGCUUGCUUUAGUGCUAGGAUUGUACAAACGAAUAUGUGCAUAGAUACAUACAUACAUACCUAUGUGUUUUUACAGUCGAUGGGGGCCGGUAGCAUUCGCUGGGCACUCCAUCGCCGUUGUACGAUUAUAAGUAUAUACAUAUUUAUGUAUAUGUAUGUACAUAUAUAUGCAUGUAUGUAAAACAGCUUGCCGCAAAUGUAAAGCGAUAUUCCUAUACUUGUAUUUUUACCAAUUUAAGUUGACUCGUAUUAAGAUAAGUGUUAUUCUAUGUAUGUAAAUACAUACUUAUACCUAGUUGUGUUAGACAUUAAAAAAAAGCGGCUGUAUACCGGUUAAAUAAGCUAACGGGUGACACCAAUAAACAAAAAUUGUAAAGGUACGUUCGCAAUUGCAAUUAAAGUCCCUCUUAAUUGUCAAAGCGACCUACCUCUUCCCGGUAAUUGUAUAAAGGUAUGUUCCAUUUCUGUUUUUUUCCUUCUUUUUUUUCAUCUGACGCCUUAGGGACUCCUUUGUAAUGCGCACAAAAUUAAGAACUUGCCGUUUGUGUUAAAUGGAGACAAACCAUCUUCGGCACACGUAUAAGUAAAUUGUUAUACUUUUCUACACUUACAUACCUAUGACGUAUAAAUUUCAUUCAAGUUAUUAAACAUCGAAUAUGUUUACGAGUUUUAAUAAGAAGCCUGCCAUUUUACUUGUGUGUACGCCUACAUACAUAAAUAUGCGUUUAACUUCCACGUAUGAAUGUAUUCUCUUAUUUAUUAUUUAAUUUAAGGAUUUCAAUGUAUAUAUUUAUUUCAUGAAAACUAAAAACUGAACACUUUGUUAACUGACAAAUCAAUUAAGCAGUGUCUCAUAAAUUUUCAUAACAUUUUUGAUAACAUUUCCCUACUCAAGCGAUCGAUCUGCAAUUAUAUACAACCUUAUAUCCAUGUACAUAGGAUUAUAUUUGACAAACAUAUAUUAAAUUGUUGAUUCAAAAAUA